UCUCGCGCAACCCCUUUUUUGCUGCUUUUCAAAGCCUUAUGGUUUCAAAACCGCCAAUUUUCGCGCUCCCUUCGUCAUCCUUGCACUAUUAGGCAUAACGGUUGUUUCUCAACGGAUACGUGGGUGACAACGCCUGAUGGUAAGAAACGGAUGGAUCAACUGAAAGUGGGCGACUUCAUCCUCACGGCUAAUCAGACAGCGGCGUACUUCACUCCGGUGACGUUGUGGAUUCAUCGUGAACCGGAUGUGGUGGCCAAAUUUGUAACAAUAAUGACUGAUUAUGGCAAGAUGCUUGCACUUACACCUCGACAUUUAAUAUUCCGGAACAAAUGCGAUGAAUUCUAUUCGGAUCGUGUCACCGAGUUACCGCCAAACAGUAAAGCCGUCUAUGCUGAAGAGCUUGUAGUUGGCGAUUGCGUCUUUCUUCUUUAUAGGAAUGGUUUUCGUCAGCAGAAACUUCAGGAUAUUUCGAUUACUUCGAGGAAAGGCGUCUUUUCACCGCUCACUCCUAAUGGGCGUAUUUUAGUCAACGAUAUGUUAGCGUCAUGUUAUAGCGACGUAAAAGAGGCUAUACUACAAACCACCUACUUUUCAGUAAGAAAUAUUGUUUAUCCAUUUAUAUACGUUGACUUGCCGUUUGGGUCGGAAUUUUCCAUGGAACUCUUACGACUCAUUGUACCAUAUAUUAAAUAG